UAGAUAGUCACUCUGCUCAAUUAAGGGGAGAAAAACCCAGUGGAUUACAACUGUGCUAUAAAUAACUUGUAACAAGUAGACAGGCAACAAUUUAGUCCAAUUAAUUUGUGAGCAUUUUUCUGAUCUAAAAUGUAGCUGAACAUUUUAUAAAAAUGUUUUUCAGCCUCCUCUUUGUUUCUUAAACAGAGUUUUAAGACUUCUAAAAAAAGAAAAAGAGAAAAGAUAAAGCAAACUUCAGGCAGUACUGGUCAGACCUCUGUCUAAACAGAGACAUAAUAAUUUAUACUUUGAAAGAGUUAUGUGAUUCCCAAAUCAUCUCCGUCACAUGAAUCCAAACUUGUCUCAGUCUGACGAAGUCUCUUUCACUAUCCAAUAGGAACCUGCAUGUUUCAGAAUGGAUUGGGAAAAAAGGGUGUUCCAAAUCAGGCAGAUUAGUAUAGAUUUAUGAAUUACAAUACUGUUGUUUAGAACUGAAAGACUACUGGAGUUCACGUUCUGGAGCUAUAUGUCAUGGAUUCAAAUUCCAACACUGUGGUUGUGACUGGCUUUGGUUCCUUUCGACAACACCUUGUUAACUCUAGCUGGGAAGCCGUGAAGGAGAUGUCCAAGUUAGGCCUUGGUGAAAACAUAGACCUACACAUUAUGCAACUGCCAGUGGCUUACCGAAAAGCAAAGGAGCUUGUCUGCAAGAUAUGGGGGACUCUUCAACCACUACUUACUGUUCACAUUGGACUCGCUUCAUCCUCCAAAGCAAUCAUCAUCCUUGAACAGUGUGGGAAGAACAAAGGCUACAAAGAGAUGGAUGUUUGUGGUUUUUGCCCAGAAGAUGGCUGUUGUUUGUUAGAUGGCCCAGAAAGGAUUGAGUCUACAAUUAAUAUGAAAACUCUCUGGAAAAACAUUUCGGUGGAAGGGAUUGAUGUCAUCUUUUCCAGAGAUGCAGGAAGGGAAAAAUAACUAUGGGACAGAGGCAAGAGAAGAUAGUGGGACCUAAAACUACACAAGCAAAAAGCACUACAAACAUUUUUUUUUUAAUCUCCAGUCACAACGAGCAAUCAGUAUAUUUUAAUUUUUUGUUCUUACUCAAAAAAAUUUAACAUUUCCAUCCCAGAACAACCUCUUUACUGCCAUCAUUUGGUUGGAUCAGUGCUAAACAAGGGGUUAGAUGCUAUAACUAACUUUAGAUGAGCAAUUGUUAUGGCUCCUUUUAGACUUACACCAUGGUCUCCAACACACCCUCUUUAAAUCCUACCUCCUUGCCCACCAUAUUCAUAAAGCUUCCUCUGCCAAACAAGCAAGCUACUAUUCUCUUUUGUGCUGAAGUUUGGUCUAUAGUCUGAGCAACAAGCUUGUAUUUGUACAUGUUUCCACAGCUCCUGCAUUUAACUGUUUGCUAGCAAACCUGGUGGCCCCCACCCACUUGAGGGCACUCUCAUCCUCCCUGCAUGAUCUCCACAGCAUGCUAUCAUUGAGGUUGCUGGCAAAUCGGGGAGGGGAAGGAGGAGAUCUUGAACAAGGUGCAGCCCAGAAAUGUGGCCUUUCAACAUCUUCUAAUAAGAAGGCCUAGUAGCUGAGGUCUGCUAGAUCAGAAUGUUGAAUGGCCAUCUACAUAAAAACGCCUGGCACGGACAGCUCAACUGAUGUAGACUAAACAGCUGUUGUUCAUGGGAUGGAAGGGUUAAAAUAUUCAUUUUAAAAAAUAGAGACCCAAAAGCCUGGUGUCCGCUGUUGUACCCAACAAUUAAAAAAAUAUAUAUAUAUGCGUGUGUCACAACCAAAAUAAGAGGCAAAGGAAGGAGUGGGGUCUGACUCUUGUACAACGAUGAAUAUGAACACUGAACAAGAAUGUACUCAAUAUGUAACCUUUUUUUUCUGACCUGAGUUUGUAUCGUGCCUUGCACUGUAACAGACUCACGUGCUGCAUGGGCAGAGGUUAGCGGAGGGAGGGAGGGUAUGGUUAAAACCACCACUACCACAGCACCACUGGAGUGCUACUGGUUGUGUACCCCUUCUCCCCUAGUCCCUUCAAGAGCUCUGUAUCCCACACAGCCAAGAUGUUGUAAAACAACUAAUGGGG